AUGUCGUCGAAUGCGCAAGCCAAACCAGCGCCGGUUGCCAUCAUUGGUAUGGCAUGCCAGCUGCCACCGGAUAUCGAAAGUCCAAAGAGCCUUUGGGAGUUCUGCGUACAGGCACGUUGCUCAGCAACCCCGAUCCCAACGUCACGCUACAAGGCCAGCAACUUUUAUCAUCCAAGCGCCUUGAAGCAAGGUCAUUUCAAUGUGGGUGCGGGCUCGUACAUCAGUCGCGAUGUCUCUUGCUUUGACGCACCUUAUUUCCAUUUGACAGAGGCCGAAGCGACUGCCAUGGAUCCACAGCACCGCUUGCUUCUCGAGACAACAGUCCAUGCAAUUGAAGACGCCGGGCUUGACAUGAAUGCUCUUUCAGGACGAUGCGAUAUUGGCGUCUUCGUGGCAAGUUCCAACAGCGAGUACGAGACCCGUCUAUACCAGGACCCAUACACGGCCGGUCGAUAUGCAGCCGUUGGAACCGCAUCGGCGAUGUUUGCCAACCGAAUUUCAUACUUCUUCAACUUCCAGGGCCCUAGCAUUACCGUUGACACGGCCUGCUCAUCAGCCUUGACAGCGCUCCAUUUCGCCGUGGAAAGCAUCCGCAAAGGCGAGUGCUCGUGUGCUCUUGUGGGAGGCAGCUUUUUGCAACUUUCCCCCUCUCUGUUGGCCUUCAUGGGCAACAUUGGCGCACUGAGCAAGGACGGUACGAGCUAUUCGUUCGACUCUCGAGCGAAUGGCUACGGCCGAGGUGACGGCGUAUGCUGCAUCGUCCUCAAAUCUGAAUUAGAGGCGCGAAGAUGUCUCGAUACCGUUCAUGCGCUCAUCCGUCAGACAGGAAUCAAUCACGGCGGUCGUAGCCAGGGUGGGAUUACUGUUCCAAAUGGAGUAGCUCAGCUGAGCCUCUUACGCCAAGUCUACAGCUCUGCAGGCCUCAGGCCAGAGGACACCCAAUUUGUGGAGGGACAUGGGACUGGAACGGGACGUGGUGAUCCAGUCGAGGCAAACUCCAUCAUUGCCGCGUUCACUGGACCUGCCAGAAACGGCCGUCCCCUGUUUCUGGGGAGCGUCAAGUCCAAUUUUGGCCACCUGGAGAACGCAAGUGGUCUGCUUUCCGUCAUCAAGUGCGUCUUGAUGUUGCAGAACCGGAAACUUCUGCCAAAUGCAAACUUUCAAAGCCUGAAUUCUGGCAUCGAGACUCACGGGUGCGUUCUUGUGGUGCCAACGGAGUGUAUCCCCUGGCCAGAGGGCGUUCGUCGAGCAUCGAUCAGCAACUUUGGAUUUGGCGGGUCCAACGGACACGUAAUCCUGGAAGAGUACACUCAGAUCUCAGCCCUGAACGGCAGUAUUACCACAGACCUGUGCAAUGGAACGACUUCCGCCGCGCAUCUGUUCGUCGUGUCUGCCAAAGAUCCGACGGCUCUUUCUUCCGCCAUUACGAAUCUCGUACAAUACGUGGAAUCGAAUGAGGCCAGCCUGGAAGAAGACUUUCUUGGCCGGCUUAGCUAUACGCUUUGCUGCAGGAGAACCGUCUAUGACCAUCGCUUCGCGUUCGCUGCAUCCUCCUUGGACCAGGUGAGGGAUAGUUUGCUUGCAGCGAACCCUUCCGGGCGUCGAACGAAACUCCAUCUGUCGAUAUUUGCUUUCACUGGUCAAGGUACCGUCUGGCCCGAAAUGGGAUGCCUAUUGAUGCAGUAUCCGGAAUUCGCAGGCCGAAUGAAAGAUGCAGAUGUCUUUUUGAGGCAAGAACUGGGAGCGUCCUGGUCAUUGCUAGAUGAGCUUGCGAGACCGAGCGAGACCUCGAGAAUCUACGACUCGAAUAUCAGUCAACCGGCGGUUACUGCAUUGCAGAUCGCCAUGGUCUCGAUGCUCGGCAGUUGGGGCAUUGAACCGACAGCUGUAUGUGGCCACUCUUCUGGUGAGAUCGCUGCGGCCUAUGCUGCUGGACUGGUUGACUUCAAAGGAUCCUUGGCCUUGGCUUAUCAUCGAGGAGCUAUCACGGCGUUGGACAUUGAAGAUGUACGACCACGAAAGGGGGCCAUGAUAGCGGUCGGCGCUUCAGCGUCCCAGGUCGAGCCCGUCAUACGGAGUCUUGGGUCUGGCUUGGCGAGCAUUGCAUGCUACAACAGUGCUCAAAGUGUGACCGUCUCAGGCGAUACGUGCGCCGUGCUCGAACUCGAAGAAGAGCUCAACAGACUAUCCAUCUUCAACCGGCGUUUGAAAGUCGAUGUGGCGUACCAUUCAGACCAUAUGGUCCAUGUGGCUGGCAGAUAUCUGGAAGAUAUUACGCCCUGGUUAGACAAAUCCAAGCUGGCGAAAUCCAAGGGAGACUGCAAAUUCUACUCCUCGGUGACAGGAUACGAAGUCAGCGCAGGCGUGGUGCAGUCACCGUGGUACUGGGCCACGAAUCUAGUCUGUCCUGUCAAGUUUCAUGAGGCAAUGAGAAGCCUGGUGAGAGCUUUGUCCGGACCGAAUGCAUCUACAGAUGCAACUCACGCAUUAUUAGAAGUCGGUCCACAUGGAGCUCUAGCAGGCCCGAUUCGAGAUAUCCUGAAGGAAGCAGACGGCAGUGCGAUUCAGUACAUGUCCACUAUGCAGAGAUCGACCCAGCCCCGAUACCACCUCCUAUCGAUCAUGUCUUCGCUUGCGAGCCUUGGAUUCCCUGUUGACGUCGCUCAGGUUAAUCGAUCGGGCGAUAAUUCAGAGCCCAGGAUGAUUUCAAAUCUGCCCAACUAUCCUUUCAACAGAAGCAUGAGAUAUUGGCACCAAACCCGCCUCAUCGACUCGUACGAGCAUGACGGAAGCCCAUGGAACGUCAUACUUGGCCACAAGACCCCCAGCAUUGGGGGAACAAGCGAAUACCGCAAUGUCUUCACUUUGGACGACAUUCCGUGGUUGCGGGAUCACGUGGUGAAUGGCAAUGUGAUAUUCCCGCUAGCAGGUUACAUUUCCAUGGCGGUUGAAGGCUUAGCGUUAGAGUACUCAUCCAUCUCGCCCGGUGAUGUCUUCCGUCUGCGAGAAUUGACCGUUGGCAAGGCGCUGCUGCUGGCAGAAGAGGUGCAGCACGAAACGUACACAAUCUUGAGGGGAGCCUCCAUGGCGACAAGGCCCGCAGGAUCCGGGUCAUGGUAUACUUUCGAAGUGUGGUCUUGGACAAAGGGGGCAAAUUCCACCGAGCAUUGCAAGGGAAUGAUCGCCCUACAGCGGGCAGAAAGCAACACUGUCGGUAGCAUCGUUGAACGGAAGAAAGAAGCCAUGAGACUCCUGAGGUGCGAAAUCGAGUCUCGCAGUCAUCGGCCAGUUGCGGCAAGUGCGUUAUACCGCCAGGCAGCACUAGCAGGUCUUACAUACGGGCCCGCGUUCAGUCUCUUGACUAAUUUGGCCACCGGUCCAGACGUGGCAGUUGGGAGCGUGAAGCCUGCGGACACCGCACGGUUGAUGCCGGAGCAAUACGAGAACAAACUCAUCAUUCACCCAACACUCUUGGACGCCACUCUCCAUGCGGAGCUGGGCCUCCUUUCGAUUCAUGCAGGCAAGCUCGCAGGCUUGCGUGCCCACGUGCCCACAUUCGUCGAAGAUAUGAGCAUUUCUGCGGAUGUUCUUGGUCCAGAAAAACCAGGCCACUUGCGUGCCUUUCUUCACAGCGCGAAGACAGAUGGCAUGGCUCGAUCAACGACCAUAGAUGCGUGUUGCUUUGCCGAGCACUCAGAUCUGCCUGUGAUUGAGAUGAACACUUUGCGAAUGGCAGAUGUCUCGGAGAAGACAAUCACGGUCAGCGAUAUCGACAUCAUUAAUCCAGCCGAGCUUCAGUGGCUUGAUCACUUGGAUUUUAUCACGAGCGACAUUCUGGAGAGACUGGAUCUCAGAGACCAGAACACCAAAGCGGCAGAUGAACAACGAGUGCAAGAGAUCGAGCGACUGUCCCUGCUGUAUCUGCGUGAUGCAUUGCAAGGAACAUCAGAUUCGGUCGCCGUGAUGCCACAUCUAGAGUUGAUGAAGGAGUGGAUGGAAGCAAAGGUUGCCGCGGCGCAGCCCUUACUCCUAAGAAUCCCAGAACCUUCCGUGCUGCCGUGCAGUGGUCCAGAAGGCUCGGUCAACCCGAGCAACGCUCAAGCGAUGCCCUGGAGCGACGAGAGAUUCAUUCACGGCGUUGGCAGCAGUCUUCCGUCUGUUCUAAGCGGUGAGGUGGAUGCAUUAUCAGUGUUGGACGCCAAUGGACUGCAAAGGGUAUACGAGGAGUGCUUCGGCUUUCAGAAGAGCGCCGCUCUCCUCGCACAAUUCAUCGGCAAGCUCAGCCUGCAGAAUCCAUGUAUGCGGAUCCUCGAAGUUGGCGCCGGGACAGGAGGGUUCACCAAGCGGGUGCUGGAGCAAUUGUCGACGACAGAGCCUAGCCGAUUCUCCCUCUACUGCUAUAGUGACAUCUCCCCGGUCUUCUUUGAGCCUGCUCGACUCCGUUUCCCUCAAUGGGAGCACAAGAUGGUAUUUCGAACGCUCGACCUUGGGAAGGAAGGUGCCGCACAGGGUUUCCAGGCAUCGGAUUUUGACCUCGUCAUCGCAGCCGAUGUGGUGCAUGCUACACCUAGCGUGAACGAAACUCUUUCCACGCUGCGCUGGCUCCUGAAACCGCAUGGUGUGCUGGCAAUGGUCGAGCUGAGCCGUUUCUCGCCUUUUUGUUUCCCGUGGGCCAUGCUUCCAGGAUGGUGGAUGCGCCUCACUGGUCCGAUACUGUCAGAGGAGGAAUGGAAUGAGAAGCUCGUGGAGGCAGGGUUCAGUGGGGUGGACGCCUACGUCAAAGACGUGCCCAACGGACAUGAUCUUCACUGCACGAUUUGCUCGCAUGUUCCUCCAGAUCCUAGUAAGCUGUCUGCGAGCGUGGUGGUCCUCGGUGACGACAGCUUGGCGCAUUACGUCGCAAACAGCCAGCACUCCAGAGGAUGUAUUCAGACAGAAGAGACUUGCGGAGAUGACCAGGAAGUCGAUAUCGCAGUACUAGUCGAGCGCGAUGUUCACCUGGGGGUGACAAACCUGGACGACCCGAAGUUGUCGACGCUGCAAAAGCUUUGCUCGCGUUCCAAAGGCAUCUUGUGGAUAGUAAGAUGCUCGGGCGAUGACAUGGUGGGAGCUCUGGCGGAAUUCGUUUUCGGCGUUGCACGAACCCUUCGCAAGGAGUACACCCAGCUCAAGCUCGUUGUGUUGCAUAUCGUCGAUGCCGGCAAUGGGGAUGGCGCUGGCGACGCCGCUCGCCGUUACAGCGAAGCGGUCCUGAAGGAUGCAUUCUGGAGGGGAGAUGCGGCGAUGCAAGCAACGAUGGGCAGCAUUGGGCUGUUCGACACUGUGCACUUCGAGCCAUGUGUUAGCCUUGGCCCGGGCGACAGCGAUAGCCUUGGGGACGACGAGGUGUUGAUGCAGGUGCAGGCGACGGGGCUGAACUUCAAGGAUGUCCUUAUCGCCCUCGGCCGCGUGCCUUGGACGGGACUCGGCAAAGAAUGCAGCGGGACGGUCCUGGCCACGGGCCGUCGCGCGGCGCAUCACCUCCGCUCAGGCGAUCGGAUCGUGCAUUGGGGAGACGGCCUGUUUGCAUCGCACGCGCGCAGCCACUUCCGAACCAUCGUCAAGGUGCCGGACGGGCUCUCGCUGGACUUCACCCAGCUCGCAUCUAUCCCCAUCGUCUUUGCCACGGCCUAUGAAGCACUGGUCAAAUGCGCUCGUCUGCAGCCUGGGGAGCGGCUCCUCAUCCACGCUGCCGCGGGGGGUGUUGGCCAGGCUGCCAUACAGCUUGCUCAAUGGAUCGGUUGCCUCGACAUCUAUUGCACCGUCGGAUCGCCUGAGAAGCGAGAUAUGCUGGUCGAGCACUACGGCAUCGACCCUUCCCACAUCUUCUCCAGCCGCUCUGCCGCGGAGCUGGCGGAUGGACUUCGCCUGGCAGGAUGCAUGGAUGUCGUUCUCAACAGCCUCUCAGGUGAGAUGCUGCGCGAGAGUUGGCGUUCACUUGCGCCUUUCGGCCGUUUUGUCGAGCUUGGUAAGCGCGAUGCCCUGGCCAAUUCGAUGCUGGAAAUGGCUCCACUGGACCGGGCGGUCUCGUAUUCCGCCGUAGAUCUGGUGCAACCGGUAAUGACUAUGCCUAUUUCCCACCUCCGCAGCGGCCUUCGUCUUCUGCAAUCGGGGAAGCAUAAGGGCAAAGUGGUCAUGACCAACGACGCAGACAUACGAGUGGAAGCAUCAAACAUCAACGUAGGAGCCGAGUCAACGAUCGUCUCUGCACGCGCAUCGUAUCUCAUCACAGGGGGCACAGGCGGCCUAGGAAAAGCUCUUGCGGCCUGGCUUAUUACCCAGGGUGCAAAGUACAUCACGCUGACAUCCAGGGCCGGAAAGAUUCUCGACGCUGCGGAUGCCACAGAUCUCGAGAGUCUUGCGCUCGCACGAAACGCCAAAGUUCUGGUCCGCAAGUGCGACGUCAGUUUACCUGCAGACUUGCGUGAUGCUAUUGAUGAUGUUGCCGCACAGGAUAUGCCACCGGUACGAGGGGUCAUCCACGGAGCGAUGGUCUUGAAAGAUUCCCUUUUCGAAUCUUACAAGCCUGAAGAUUGGAAAACCGUUACGCAACCAAAAGUGGCUGGCGUAGUCAACCUUCACAAUGCUUUUCCCAAAGCUGAUGACCUAGACUUUUUCGUCUGCCUAUCAUCAAUAGCCUCACUUAGUGGGAACAUUGGACAGGCCGCCUAUUCUGGGAGCAAUGCAGCGGUCGAUGCCUUCUGCAACUGGCGGGGCCGUCAGGGGCUGCCAGCGACAUCAAUCAAUCUUCCUGCCAUUUCCAAUCAUGGUUACGUCGCCGAAGCAGUGAUGGCUCAUGGAAGUCAGAUCAAUGACAGGAUUUACCGAGCGGCAAUUACCAUGGCUCAUUUAGAAGCCUCGGUCAGCGCGGUCCUACAAGUCUCUGGCAGUCGUAAUCAGGUUAUUGUCGGACUUUCCAAGACUCACGAAGGGAGAGCAUGGCUCGUCGACGCAGGGAUACUGUUCGAACUUAUGAGAUGGGACCAGGCCGAUAGAGACCGAGGGAAUCAAGCGCAGGAAUGUCCAAGGUCGGGUGAGAUACCUGCUCGCAACCUCAUCGCGCUGGGAGCGGAUGCUGAAGCCAAAAGAUCCAUUAUCCAAGAAGCGCUAGUGAAGAAGAUAUCAUCCAUGUUGAUGGUAUCUUCAGAUGAUGUGCAGCUGGAGAAAUCCGUGACUGAUUUAGGUCUCGACUCUCUCGUGGCUGUAGAGCUGCGCAACUGGAUCGUCAGGGAACUCGACGCGAACCUGCCAGUGAUGGAUAUUGUGACAUCCUUGAGCGAGGUCCAUCCAGUGUUGCUAUCACCUCUCAACCGCAUGAGCCUGGCGUGCUUGCUUGCCUGUUUUCAUAUCACCCCCAACUUCUCAGAAUCAUCGAUGAACACACUUGGAGUUGUCUACUGGUUCGACUGUCACUAUGAAGUCAAAGGACAGGUACCAGCCAUGUCAUACCUGGAAGGCAUCCUCGGGACCUCGAUAGUGCCGACGAUCAUCCUGCGACCGAGCAGUGCCUACGCCGUCGAUGACCUCUUCGAGAGGUUGAAGGACCAGUUCAACAAGCUACAGUUCUAUCCUGUAGGAUCGGGAAGGGCCCAGGGAAUCUGA